AACGUUAUGCUCUGCUGGCCUAGAGGCCUUAAUUCCAAAGGGAGAAAUGCUUCCGCCAAAGGAUGUAACAAUUCCAUUAAACUAUAACUUAAGACUACCACCUGGCCACUUUGAGCUCCGCAUGCCUUUGAAUCAACAGGCAAAGAAGAGAGUUGCGCUGUUGGCUGGGGUAAUUGAUCCAGACCACCGAGAGGAAACUAGACUACCGCUCUACUGCAGAGGUCAUCUUGAACAUUCCAAAUACCUCCCAUUACUCGAUGCUGUUGAUAAAAUCAGGAUGGCUUUGAACUCAGGGUCACCACCAGGUGCUGGACCUUACUACGAAAACCACGGCUACCAACCGGAAAACCUCUACGCUCCCCAGCCCCCCGUGGCUCCCAGUGUCUACCCAGUGUAUCCGGCUCAGUACUACCCGGCCCAGGUUCCCCAGUACGCUCCGAGGGUUCUAACCAACGAUCCUACUCCCGCCCUCCACACGCAGCCCAAAUCCCGGUCGGGAGCUGUGUGCACCUCAAGGACUAAGAAAGCGCUGUGCAUCACCGUGGCCCUGGGGGCCGUCCUCGUGGUGGCUGCGCUGGCCGCUGGGCUGCUCUGGAAGUUCUUGGGGAGCAAGUGCGUGGACUCCCAGGUGGAGUGCGGCUCCUCCGGCACCUGCAUCAGCCCGGCGCACUGGUGUGACGGCGUGUCCCACUGCCCCAGCGGGGAGGACGAGAACCAGUGCGUUCGCCUCUACGGACCGAACUUCAUCCUUCAGGUUUACUCAUCGCAGAGGAAGUCCUGGCACCCCGUGUGCCAAGAAGGCUGGAGUGACAGCUAUGGGCGGGCCGUGUGCAAUGACAUGGGCUACAAGAAUAGUUUUUAUUCUAGCCAGGGAAUAGCGGAUGACAGUGGGGCCACAAGCUUUCUGAAACUGAACACAAGUGCCAGCAGCGUUGAUAUCUAUAAGAAACUGUACCACAGUGCCUCCUGUUCUUCGAAAGCAGUGGUGUCUUUACGCUGCAUCGCGUGCGGGACCACCUCGAAUGUGAGCAGCCAGAGCAGGAUCGUGGGGGGCUCGGGCGCAGCCCUGGGGGAUUGGCCCUGGCAGGUGAGCCUGCACGUGCAGAACGUCCACGUGUGCGGAGGCUCGCUCAUCACCCCCGAGUGGAUCGUGACGGCCGCCCACUGCGUGGAACAACCUCUGAACAACGCGCGGUACUGGAUGGUGUACGCGGGAGUGCUGAGACAGUCUUUCAUGUUCUUCGGAAGCGGAGCCCGAGUGGGAAAAGUGAUUUCUCAUCCAAAUUACGAUUCCAAGUCCAAGAACAAUGACAUCGCACUCAUGAAGUUGCAGACGCCUCUGACUUUGAACGACGUGGUGAGACCAGUGUGCCUGCCCAACCCGGGCUUGAUGCUGGCGGCGGAGCAGCCCUGCUGGAUUUCCGGGUGGGGGGCCACCCAGGAGAAAGGGAAGACCUCGGACACGCUGAACGCGGCCAUGGUGCGCCUCAUUGAGCCCUCGCAGUGCAACAGCAAAUACGUCUACAAUAACCUGAUCACAUCAGCCAUGAUCUGUGCGGGGUACCUGAAGGGGACCGUCGACUCCUGCCAGGGUGACAGUGGAGGGCCUCUGGUCACUUCGAAGAACGGCGUCUGGUGGUUGAUCGGGGACACGAGCUGGGGCUUCGGCUGCGCCAAGCCUAACAGGCCAGGAGUGUACGGGAACGUGACAGUGUUUACAGACUGGAUCUAUCAACAAAUGAAGGCAGACAGCUAAUCCUCGUGGCCUUUGUCCUUGACAUUGUUCUGCAAGAAAACAGAGGGGCUGACUUUGAUUCCCUGUGCAUGAUUUACUUUUAGAGAUGAUUCAAAGGUCCUUUCAUUUUUAUUAAACAGUGAACUUGUCUGACUUUGGCACUCUCUGCCGUUCUGUGCAGGCCGCAGUGGCUCCCCCGGCCCUGGGCCCAUUCCCUCUGACCCCUUGUCCAAAAGGGGUGACAGCCCAGCUGGGUGUGGGCACCUGCGGCCAGAUGCAGAGGAGUGGGGCGGAGGCUGCCCUGUGGGGACCGUCCUUCUGCACCCAUUCCAGGGGCUGCUUUUGGAUGAGCAGGGAGCUGUCACCUCUCAGCUGCUGGACGGCUUGAGUUGGAAAAGGGGACAGCCACCUGCGUAGCCCCACAGCCUGGCUCUCCGCAAGGGGUUUUGGCCAAUCAUUUUGUAGUGCCUUCUUAGCAGCCCCGAUGGUGCCUACAAAUAAAGGGACCAGCCCUUCAUGGGUGGCGACAUGCUCGUCACUUGUAAGGGCAACGAAACCUUUUUUUUUCCUCCUUGCGGGGGUGGGAGUGUAGACAGCCCUUGGUGCAAGGGACGUGGUUACAGAGGUGGCUCCUGCUGCGGGUCUCCACCUGCACAUCCUGGGCUCCUCCGAGGAAGUCCCCCCACUGUCCCUCUCCGGCCCCCUUGCAGAGUGUGCACGACGCUUGGUCCCGGCAGUGGGGCCCAGUCGGGCACCCCGCUGACCCUCUCCACCUGCUAAUCGCUGGAAGUCGAGGUCCCCUGGGGCAGUCGGGACGUGCGGUUUAGGAUACAUUGUUUCCUUGUCAUGUUUCUACGUGUUGCUACCUCAGUGAUGGAAUCUUGGCUUCUGACGCCUCCAAGAAGUUCAGGCAUUCGGCUCUUUGAGACUGUCGUCGUCCUGGCCAAGGACGGGCGGUGGCGCACUUGAGCCACUUGCACACAACUGGCUCCUGACUUAACGCUCUGGAAACGAACGUGCUGAGGAAAAGUGCCUGUGCCGGUGACGAAGAAGAGAAGGACGUUUCGGACAUUUCGUGUUGGACUCCCGUGGUCCCUUCCAACACCGAGGGCUCCGCGGGGGCGGGGGUCCCUCUCCUGUCGCCAGGCGCUCUGGCCGUGGGCGCUACUCCACCGUGGUCCUGCCUCCUUUCCAAGCACACUGGUUUUUAGAAGGAAAUGCAUGCUUCUCCUGCUAGGACCUAACCUUGAAACAGAACCCCAGCCACAGGACGCUUCUGUGUUCCGCGGCGUCCCCAGGGGCCGGUGACACAGCAGCGCAGCGCGAGGCGUCUGCUCCCCAGGCCAGAUCCUACACAGCCUCGUAAGGUGAAAACAUCUUCCCUCUUUACUGUUCCUUUUUAUUUAUGUGACCAAUAGUUUUGUAUCUUUUUUAAAUUGUAAAAUGCAAUUGUGAAAUUGAAUAUCAUGCAAAUAAAUUAUACAUUUUUUUCCACGCA